AUGGCGCCCUCUAGCAACUACACGCUGAUCGCGUUGCUCGUGGCCUUCGCCGUGGUCGCGCCCAGCCUGCUGCACCAAUCUGCGGCCGCCAGAGACGGAGGAGCAGCCAAGGCCGCCGCGGCGGCUCCUGCACAAUCGGCCAACAACGGUGAAGUCGUCUUGCACCCGACGGCCACGUACGAGAUCCCUGACCUGCCACUGCCGCCAAUUAUACCAUGCCCUCCCGCGUUUCCAAAGAUCCCGUUCAUCCCCUGCUACAACGUGACGCCGCCUGCGCCGCCGCCGCGGCCAAAGGAGUGCAAGGCAUCGCUGGUGAUGCUGAUGCCUCCGUGCUCCGGUUUCCUCACCACCAACAGCAGCAAGGAUCCGAGCACGGAGUGCUGCGCCGGCGUCAGUCGAUUCAUCAGCGGCGGCGAUCCGAGCAUCUAUGCUCCUCUUUGCCUCUGCCACAUCAUUAACGGCGACGUGAACCAGCUUCUGACGGCGCCGGUAGACCACGCGCGCGCGCUGUACCUCGUGCAAGCGUGUUUAGGAAUAGACCCAAAGACAUCUUCCGGCAUCUGCAGCGACGACGAAUUGAGGAAACAAAUACCACCGAUGGAGCUUCCCAAACCUCCAACACCGGCGCCAGGGAAGAAGGCUUAG